UCCACUUCCACGGAUGUCAAACAAGAAACAUGAUCAUAAAUGAAACUAGCCGCGAACAGGGGAGGUCAUUGUUCGGGUAGAAAUCAAUGAUAGCUCGGUUUUGCUCGUAUGAAAAUAUCCCGGCAUGCUAGCGACGCAAGACUCCGCCAGGGAGGGGAGGGAUGAUGGAGCUAAGAUGGCAGCCCAGCUGAGGGUGCUGCCUCUCCGGGGUCAAGAAAUAAUCAAGCAGCGACUGAGACCCAAACAACCAUAGGGAGGAUUUUUCCCCUGGAAAAUAGCGGUUCUGUUUAUCCCAGCAGAUAUUUUGGGAUGGCUCGAUGAGACUCAUUCUUCGGGCGACGGGCACCGUGUUGACGCUGAGGCUGGAUCGGAAGACCGUAGUUGCGCCACCGGAUUGGCUUCAAUUUGCGCUAAUAACCGUGGAUGCUAAUUGUGGUUUUUCCCCGCAACCCGGAGCGUAACAUGUGGCGGAUUUAACAAUUGAGCGGACCCGCUUCUGAUGGCUAGAUGUCACCUGGUCGUGUCGUGUUUUGAGUGAUAUAUGCAUUGUUCUCCAAGACGAUGAUGUGUGCUGCUGCGGCAGCGGCCGCCGGCGGUGGGAUCUUGCCCUCCGCAUCCCCGUCCAUGGGGCUGGGUGUCCGGGUCACUUCUGGAGCAGGAGCCGAGUUUUCAACCAUCGGUACGGGCAUGGGUUCCUGCCCGACGCCCGGAGCCCAGUCGGACUGUCGGACUCGGUACCAGCUUCUGCUCUCGGGACGAGCCCUGGCCGAAAGAUACCGGCGGAUUUACACCACCGCUAUCAACGAUAAAGAGCAGGGGUUAAAUCAAGGAAGGGGAAAAAAGGCUUUGAGUAAGAAGAAACUGAAGAGGCGACAGAAAGUCAAGUCAAAAGUGAAAUCAAGAACAAAGGCCGAGAGUAUAGAUGGAGCCCUCUGUGUGCCGGACAUCAAGCUGCACAGCAACCCAUCUGCAUUCAAUGUCUACUGCAAUGUGCGGCACUGUGUGCUGGACUGGCAGCAGAGAGAGGCCUCCCUCGCGCUGGCCUCCAGGAGCUCGGCGCAGAGUGGCGACUCAGACAGCGAGGAGGAAGAGGAGUACCGCGAGCCAAUCAUCAAGCUGCCAAAGAUCAUUGGCAUUGGCCUGUGUGGGGUAUUUGAACUGAUAAAAGAGACCCGGUUCUCUCACCCCUCACUGUGCCUGCGUAGCCUGCAAGCUUUGUUGGACAUGCUACAGGGACAACAGCCUGAGGGCUUUCAGACUGAACCUCCUGAUGUGCUAGAGUCUCUUUUCCAGCUUUUGUUGGAAACCACAGUCCGGAGCACAGGGCCCAAUGACCCGACAGGACAGGCCAUCACUGCCCUGUCCUGCGCCUGCCUCUUCAGUCUGGUGGUGGCCUGGGGAGACACCGGUAAAAUCUUGCAGGCUGUGUCUGCCAUCCUCACCAACAACGGCAGCCAUGCCUGUCAGACGAUACAGGUGCCCACCAUACUGAACGCGCUACAGAGAAGUGUACAGGCUGUCCUGGUGGGAAAGAUCCAAAUUCAAGACUGGUUUGGAAACGGCAUCAAACGCGCGGCCCUGAUGAACAAGUGGGUGCUGAAAGAGGUGGCCAUCGAAGAGGAUGAGCGCUGUCUUCUGCAGACCGACGGCUCCUUUCUAUACUUGCUCUGCAAAGAUGGACUGUACAAAGUGGGCUCUGGAUACAGUGGCACUGUCAGGGGCCACGUGUACAACUCCACAUCCCGAAUCAGGAAUCGGAAGGAGAAGAGAUCAUGGCUUGGCUUUGCUCAGGGAUACUUGUUGUAUCAGGACACAAGUAACAACAGUAUGUCGGCCCUCAAGAUCAACCCAGAGACCUUGGAGCAUGAGGGGACUGUCACCAUGCCAGGGCAACACUCAGACGGACAGAACAUCAUCUUCACAGAUGGAGAGUACAUCAACCAGAUCGCUGCCUGCAAAGAUGAUGGUUUUGUGGUGCGGAUCUACACUAUGAGCUUAGACCCGGCCCUGCAGCAGGAACUGCAGCUGAAGCUGGCAAGGAAAUGUCUGCACGCUUGUGGUAUCUCUCUCUUUGACCUAGAGAAGGAUCUGCACAUCAUCAGCACCGGCUUUGAUGAAGAGGCAGCGUUGCUCGGAGCAGGCAGGGAGUUUGCUCUGAUGAAAACUGCCUCAGGAAAGGUCUACUACACAGGAAAGUACCAGAGCCUGGGUAUAAAGCAGGGUGGCCCGUCAGCAGGAAAAUGGGUGGAACUGCCUGUUACAAAGUCUCCCAAGAUAAUUCAAUUCUCCGUCGGCCAUGAUGGUUCUCAUGCUCUGCUAGUGGCUGAGGACGGAAGUGUAUUCUUCACAGGCUCUGCCAGCAAGGGAGAGGAUGGAGAGUCCACUAAAAGUCGCAGACAGCCCAAGCCGUAUAAGCCCAAGAAGAUGAUCAAACUAGAGACCAAGACGGCAGUGUAUACAGGGUGUAACAAUGGCAGCAGCAGUAUUGUCACCAAGGAUGGAGAGCUCUACAUGUUUGGCAAAGAUGCCAUUUACAGUGACAGUACCUGCCAGGUGACAGACCUGAAAGGUCACUUUGUAACUCAGGUUGCCAUGGGAAAAGCCCAUACGUGUGUCCUGACCAAGAUCGGUGAAGUGUGGACAUUUGGUGUGAACAACAAGGGCCAAUGUGGUAGAGACACUGGAUCUAUGAGCCAGACAGGGAAAGCGUUUGGUGUGGAGAGCAUGGCCACAGCCAUGGAUGAAGACCUGGAAGAUGAGCUGGAGGAGAAGGAGGAGAAGAGUAUGAUGUGCCAGCCAGGCAUGCACAAGUGGAAGUUGGACCAAUGCAUGGUCUGCACAGUAUGUGGAGACUGCACUGGCUAUGGUGCCAGCUGUGUCAGCAGUGGUCGGCCAGACAGAGUACCAGGAGGUAUCUGUGGCUGUGGGUCUGGAGAGUCUGGCUGCUCAGCAUGUGGCUGCUGCAAGGCCUGUGCCCGGGAGCUCGAUGGUCAGGAGGCAAGACAGAGAGGCAUCUUUGAUGCUGUGAAGGAGAUGAUUCCACUGGACCUGCUGCUAGCUGUGCCUGUCCCUCCCCCCCCAGGAGUGAACAUUGAGGAACACAUUCAGAUCCGCCAGGAGGAGAAACGGCAGAGGAUCAACCGCCGGCACAGGCUGGAGGAGGGCAGAGGCCCCCUUGUUUUUCCUGGUCCCAUUUUUAUGAACCAACGUGAGCAGGCCCUAGCCAGAAUAAGACCCCUUCAGGCACUAAGGCAUAAACGGGACAAGCACAAAGAUGGUAGCAGCGAGCGAGGAGAGAAAGACGCCAGCAAAAUUACCACCUACCCCCCGGGGGCAGUGAGGUUUGACAGCGAGCUACGAGCUGUACAGGUCAGCUGCGGUUUUCACCACUCAGUGGUGUUGAUGGAAAAUGGAGACGUCUACACAUUCGGUUAUGGCCAACAUGGGCAGCUCGGACAUGGAGAUGUCAACUCCAGGGGUUCCCCAACUCUGGUGCAGUCCCUUCCGGGUCCGAGCGUCCAGGUGACAGCAGGGAGUAACCACACAGCCGUUCUCCUCAUGGAUGGACAGGUCUUCACAUUUGGAAGCUUCUCGAAAGGGCAGCUUGGGCGGCCUAUCCUAGACAUGCCCUACUGGAAUGCCAAGCCAUCCCCCAUGCCCAACAUCGGGGCCAAAUAUGGAAGAAAGGCCACCUGGAUUGGCGCCAGUGGAGACCAGACGUUCCUACGGAUCGAUGAGGCUCUUAUCAACUCCCAUGUCCUGGCUACUUCAGAGAUCUUUGCCAGCAAACACAUCAUUGGACUCGUGCCCUCCUCUUUGACUGAGCCAGCUCCAUUUAAAUGCUUGCUUAUCAACAAAAUGGAUGGAAGCUGCCGGACCUUCAAUGACUCUGAGCAGGAGGACCUGCAGGGAUUUGGCCUAUGUCUGGAUCCUGUGUACGAUGUCAUAUGGAGAUUCUUGCCAGCCUCAAAAGAGAUGUGGUGCUACAACGCAGUGAUAGCUGAUGCCAGGAUGCCCUCUGCCACAGAUCUACAGGCUCGCUGCAGCAUCCUUAGUCCAGAGCUGGCUUUGCCAUCAGGAUCAAAUGCAACUACCACACGCUCUCACGGAGCCCUUCACAUCCUUGGUUGCCUUGAUACGUUGGCAGCCAUGCAGGAGCUAAAGAUGGGUGUAGCCAGCGCAGAGGAAGAGACCCAGGCAGUGAUGAAGGUCUACUCCAAGGAAGACUACAGUGUGGUGAACCGCUUUGAGAGUCACGGCGGUGGUUGGGGUUACUCAGCUCACUCUGUGGAGGCCAUUCGCUUUUGUGCUGAUGCUGACAUCCUGCUGGGUGGGCUGGGCCUGUUUGGGGGUCGAGGGGAGUACACUGCCAAGAUCAAGCUUUUUGAGCUGGGACCUGAUGGGGGUGACCAUGAGACAGAUGGUGAUCUGCUGGCUGAGACAGACGUCCUGGCUUAUGACUGUGCUGCCAGGGAGAAAUAUGCCAUGAUGUUUGACGAGCCCGUGCUGCUGCAGCUUGGUUGGUGGUAUGUGGCGUGGGCCCGAGUGUCUGGUCCUAGCAGUGACUGUGGCUCGCACGGACAGGCUACCAUUACAACUGACGACGGCGUUGUCUUUCAGUUCAAAAGCUCCAAGAAGUCAAACAACGGUACCGAUGUUAACGCGGGUCAAAUACCUCAGCUACUUUACAGGCUUCCUUCUAAUGAUGGCAAUGCAUCGAAAGGGAAACAGCAGACCAGUGAACCAGUCCAUAUCCUGAAACGCUCAUUUGCUCGCACAGUGUCCGUAGAGUGUUUUGAGUCUCUGCUGAGUGUCCUUCACUGGAGCUGGACCACCUUGGUUUUGGGUGUGGAAGAGCUGCGAGGGCUGAAAGGCUUCCAGUACACAGCCACCCUGCUGGACCUUGAGAGACUGCGCUUCGUUGGCACAUGCUGCCUUCGCCUGCUCAGGGUCUACAUCUGUGAGAUCUUCCCUAUUGCGGCCAGCACCAAGGCUGUGGUGGAGGAGUCGAGCAAGCUGGCAGAGUGCGUGGGAAAGACUCGCAGCCUGCUGAAGAAGAUCCUGUCCGAAGGCAUGGACAACUGCCUGACCAAGCUGGACAAUGACCCCGAGGGCUACUUGUCUCAGCCUCUUACCCUGCUGGAAGCUGUGCUUCAGGAGUGUCACAAUACCUUCACCGCCUGCUUCCACUCCUUCUACCCGACCCCGGCUCUGCAGUGGGCAUGCCUCUGUGACCUGCUCAACUGCCUCGACCAGGAUAUUGCCGAAGCAAACUUCCGCACAUCCAGCAGUCGUCUGCUGGCAGCCGUAAUGUCAGCUCUAUGCAACACCUCCGUUAAGCUGACGUCCAUCCUGCCCAUCGCAUAUGACGGAGAAGUGCUGCUGCGUUCACUCGUCAAACAAGUCAGCACAGAGAACGACUCUGCACUCGCUCACCGCUUCCCCCUCCUGGUGGCCCAUAUGGAGAAGCUAAGCCAUACGGAGGAGAACCUGAUGGGCAUGACCAGUUUUCGAGAGGUACUGGAGAAGAUGCUGGUGAUUGUGGUGUUGCCAGUAAGGAAGAGUUUGAGGAAGGAGGUCGAGCUCUUCUCUCCACACCUGGUCUCCAACACCUGUGGUCUGCUGGCCUCCAUCGUCUCGGAGCUCACGGCCUCUGCCCUUGGCUCUGAGGUCGAUGGACUGAACUCACUCCACUCUGUGAAAGCAUCUCCCAACCGCUUCACUAAAACGAGCCAGGGCCGGAGUUGGAAUACGGGGAACGGUUCACCGGAUGCCAUCUGUCUGACAGUGGACAAGCCAGGCAUUGUUCUGGUGGGCGUCUGUGUCUACGGAGGAGGGGGCAUCCAUGAGUAUGAACUAGAGGUGUUGGCUGAUGAUGCUCAAACAGAGCAUCCAGGGGACUCGGCACAUUCUCACAGGUGGACAUCUCUUGAGCUGGUGAAGGGCACCUACAGCACUGAUGAUUCUCCCAGUGAUAUUGCUGAGAUUCGCUUGGACAAGGCUGUGCCACUCAAGGAAGGGGUAAAGUAUGCUGUACGGUUGCGAAACUAUGGCAGCAGGACAGCUAAUGGGGACGGAGGUAUGACCACAGUCCAGUGCUCGGACGGUGUGGCCUUCACCUUCAGCACCUGCAGCUUGAGUAGCAAUGGGACCAAUCAGACCAGAGGACAGAUCCCACAGAUUCUCUACUACAGGAGUGAGUAUGAUGGGGACCUGCAGUCUCAGCUGCUGAGCAAAGCCAAUGAGGAGGAUAAGAACUGCAGCAGAUCCCUAUCUGUUGUCAGUGCUGUGGUCAGAGCUGCAAAGGACCUGCUUCAUAGAGCAUUUGCUGUCGAUGUGGAGGACAUUCCUGAGUUAUUAAGUUCCUCCAGCCUGUUCUCCAUGCUCCUGCCCCUUAUCCUGGCCUACAUUGGCCCUGUGGCAGCAUCAGUGCCUAAGGCUGCUGUAGAGGUCUUUGGACUGGUUCAGGAGCUGUUGCCUGCCGUAUCAGCCCUCAACCAAAAAUACGCACCACCCACUUUCAAUCCCAACCAAUCAACAGAUAGCACGACAGGAAACCAGCCUGAGCAAGGCCUGUCGGCAUGUACCACCUCAAACCACUACUCAGUAAUGGAGAGUGAUCACCCUUACAAGCAAGCAGGUGUAACACAAUACAGAGUAUCAUUCCCAGACUGCGUCCGUUGGACCACAAUUGAAUUCGAUCCUCAAUGUGGCACUGCACAGCCAGAGGACGUCCUACGCCUGCUCAUCCCCAGCCGAACACUCCACCUGGCCGGUGUGGGCGGCAAACCUCUGAUACAUGACACCAUCAACACCUGGACUGAGCUGAAGAAGUUCUCAGGCUCCACAGGCUGGCCAACAACUGUCCUUGUGCUGCCAGGAAAUGAAGUUUUGUUCUCACUGGAGACGGCCUCAGAUUAUGUCAAAGAUGAGAAGGCUUGCUUCUACGGGUUCAAGUGUGUGGCAGUGGGAUAUGAAUUCAACACUGGUCCUGAAGAGGGUAUUAUUCAACUAGAGAAGGAGUUGGCCUACCUGGGCAGCGUUUGUGCUGCAGCCCUGAUGAAGAAAGACCUGGCCCUCCCUAUAGGCAAUGAAUUGGAGGAGGAUCUUGAGAUUCUAGAAGAAGCAUCUUUACAGGUGUGUAAGUCUCACUCAGGGAUCCUUGGAAAGGGUCUGGCCUUGUCUCACUCCCCAACCAUCCUAGAGGCCCUGGAGGGGAACCUCCCCCUUCACCUCCAAACCAACGAGCACUCUUUCCUUGAGGACUUCAUCACCUGUUUACAGACCUCAAGUGGAGGACGUCUGGCCAGGUGGCUGCAGCCAGACUCUUACGCAGACCCUCAGAAAACGUCUCUGAUCCUGAACAAAGAUGACAUACGCUGUGGUUGGCCAACCACCGUGGUCGUACAGACAAAAGACCAGUAUGGGGAUGUUGUGCAUGUUCCCAACAUGAAGGUGGAGGUGAAGGCUGUACCCGUUUCACAAAAAAAGUCAAUGCAUCCCGAGAAUGUGAAGAAGCUGCAGCGGCUACCUGGAAGCUCCUCCCCUUCGUCCUCUGGUCCUGACCUUACCUUUGGAGGUCUGCCAAUGCCCAAGCUGGAGGCUACGUACGAGCCCAUGAUUGUGAAAGAAGCUCGAUACAUUGCCAUUACCAUGAUGAAGGCGUAUGAAAACUACUCCUUUGAGGAGCUGCGUUUUGCUUCCCCCACUCCAAAGAGACCCAGUGAGAACAUGUUGAUUCGUGCCAACACUGAUGGAACCUACAGCGCCAACUGGACUCCAGGAGCAGUAGGCCUCUACACAAUCCACGUCACCAUUGACGGCAUUGAAAUAGAUGCUGGUCUGGAGGUCGAAGUCAAAGAUCCUCCCAAAGGAAUGAUACCACCUGGAACUCAGAUGGUAAAACCGAAGGCCGAACCUCAGCCUAGCAAGGUCCGCAAAUUUGUGUCCAAGGACAGCGCAGGCCUGCGUGUGCGUAGUCACCCCUCCCUGCAGAGUGAACAGAUAGGCAUAGUGCAUGUCAAUGGCACCAUCACUUUCAUUGACGAGAUCCAUAAUGAUGAUGGCGUAUGGCUCAGGCUCAAUGAUGAAACAGUAAAGAAGUAUGUUCCAAGCAUGAAUGGGUACACUGAAGCCUGGUGCCUCUCAUUUAACCAGCACCUGGGCCGGAGCCUACUGGUCCCAGCCGACGAGGUCAGGGGCCAAUCGGAGGAGAACGUAAAGGAGGUGAGCAGCUGCCCUUCCCAUGAGGCCCCCAUUCGGGUGCAGAACAGGGCAGGGCAGGGCGGCGGCCCGGGGCUUUAUAAGGUAGUGAAGACCGGCCCCUCUGGUCACAACAUCAGAAGCUGUCCAAACCUUAGGGGUAUCCCCAUUGGAAUGUUAGUACUUGGCAACAAGGUCAAGGCCAUAGGCGAGGUGGUCAACUCGGAGGGGACCUGGGUACAGCUGGAUAAGAACAGUGUCGUGGAGUUCUGUGAGAGUGAUGAAGGAGAGGCCUGGUCACUGGCAAGAGACCGCGGCGGCAACCAGUACCUUCGCCAUGAUGACGAACAAGCAUUGAUUGAGCAUGGUGCUCAGACCCCACCACCAAGCCCUUUCUCCGUUCAGGCCUUCAACAGAGCCGCGGCUUCAAACGGAGCACAGGGCUUUGACUACGGCAUCUCCAACAACAAAGGUGACCGGUUGAGUGCCAUACUGAAUUCCAUUCAGUCUGGGCCUUUCCUCUCAGCAGCUCCCUCCUCCUCCGUAUUUGAGCAAGCCGCUCAACCUCCUCCCUCCUCCUCCUCCCUUGUCCACAGCCCAUUUGUGUUUGGACAAUCCCCCUCCCAACUGUCUCAGCCACAACCACAGCUUCUGAGUGAACGAGGAGGCCAGAUGUCUGGCGCACGACCCAUGUCCCCAUCCUCCAAACACCGUCAGGAGAACCGCUCGCCCAAACAGGAGAGUCGGGGAAGUCGUUCAUCUGAACAGAGCAGGAGCAAGACGGGUGAGGGCGGACUCUCAGCCAGCGAAGCUCUCAUCCUGCGCUCUGACACGGCCAAACUGAGGUCCGACUCUCACAGUCGCUCCCAUUCGCCCAAUCACAACACUCUGCAAGCUCUAAAGGCAGAUGGGAGAAAUUCAGGACUUCGGGCCGAGUCCCCAAACCCUGGGUCUCGCUCCUCUUCUCCCAAACAAAAAGUCGUAUCCUCCUCAGGCAGGUUGAGUCCCUCCAAUACCUCUUCCCAGCACUCAUCUUCAACCCACCAUGACAAGAACCUCCCACCUAAAGUGAGUCCAUCUUCCAAAGCCCGACUCGACCCUCCCAGAGAGAGAUCCAAAUCAGACUCAUACACUCUGGACCCGGACACACUCAGAAAGAAGAAAGUUCCACUUACAGAGCCCCUUAGAGGCCGAUCUACCUCCCCCAAACCCAAAUUAUCUCCUAAAGAUCCAAACCAAGAUGUUAGCAGUAAUGCAGAGAACCGUGUUCCUUCUCCUCAUGUGACCCAAGAGAACCUCCACAGUGAAGUAGUGGAGGUUUGCACCUCUAGUGCUCUCCUCUCCAACGAGGAGGGCAACGAUGAGAAUGUGGAGGUCAGUAAUGGAGAGGAUGGCUCAGGUAAGGUGCACUUUAGCAUUGGCAAAGCUCCUGUGAAAGAAGAACUUGAGAGUCGCUCUUCACCUAAAGUCAGUCGUAAAACCUCUAGUCGACACACGCGCCCGAAGAAGGACAAAUCUGGGCCCCUCUUCAAAGGUGAGAGCACAUCGAGGGUCACAGAGCCGGCCAAACAGGCCAUGUCGCCCUCUGUGGCCGAAUGUGCGCGAGCAGUCUUCGCAGCAUUCCUUUGGCACGAAGGUAUUGUCCACGAUGCCAUGGCCUGCUCAUCCUUCCUAAAGUUCAACCCAGACUUAACCAAAGAGCACGCCCCAAUCCGCAGCUCCCUGGGAGGACAGGGUGCUGAGGAGAAGGAAAAUAAGUUAAAGAACCGACACUCUUUAGAGAUUUCCUCUGCACUUAACAUGUUUAACAUUGCUCCACACGGCCCUGACAUCUCUAAAAUGGGCAGCAUCAACAAAAACAAGGUACUGUCCAUGUUGAAGGAACCCCCAUUGCCAGAGAAGUGUGAAGAUGGGAAAGGGGAGGCCACUUCCUAUGAGAUGAGUUCUAAUCCCUCUAUGAGGGUUAAGUCGAUAUUACCGUUAACGUUGCAGCAUUUGGUUGCCUUCUGGGAGGACAUAUCUAUGGCCACCAUCAAAGCUGCAACUCAGAACAUGAUCUUCCCCAGCCCAGGGUCCAGCGCCAUCUUAAAAAAGAAGGAACACGAGAAAGACAAUAAAAAGUCAAAGAAGGAGAAGAAGAAGAGGGAGAAAUCUGACGUGCGUCCGAGAGGGAAUCUAUUUGGAGAGAUGGCACAGCUUGCCAUGGGUGGACCGGAAAAAGACACCAUCUGCGAGCUGUGUGGGGAGUCUCACCCGUAUCCUGUCACCUACCACAUGAGACAGGCUCAUCCAGGGUGUGGACGCUACGCUGGUGGCCAGGGCUACAACAGUAUUGGCCACUUCUGUGGUGGUUGGGCCGGGAACUGUGGCGACGGAGGCAUAGGAGGCAGCACCUGGUACCUGGUGUGCGAUCGCUGUCGUGAAAAGUACCUCAGAGAGAAACAGACGGCUGCCAGGGAAAAGGUACCCUACUGCUGCAUCAAGGUGAAGCAGUCGAGGAAGAAACCUCUGCAAGUGAAGACCCCGAGGGUCCUGCCCACAAUUGAGGCCCACCAGGUGAUUCGGGCAAACGCUUUGUUCCUGCUGUCCCUGAGCAGUGCGGCCGAACCCAGCAUGCUGUGCCACCACCCUCCCCGGCCCCUACACUCGCACCUGCUUCCCAGCCUCAAGGAGGGCGUGUCGGACGAACUGCCAAAUAAAAUGGGCUGCCUCUACCUGCAGACACUAGCCAGGCAACACACAGAGAACUUUGGGUCCUACCAAGAUGAUAACCUCUUCCAAGAUGAGAUGAGGUAUUUGCGCUCUACAUCUGUCCCCGCACCUUAUAUUUCAGUCACCCCUGAUGCCUGCCCCAAUGUGUUUGAGGAACCUGAGAACAACAUGAAAUCAAUGCCCCCCAGGCUCUCUAUUAGUCUCGAGACCAGUCCAAUCACAGACACCGACACGGCCAAGCGUACGGUGUUUCAGAGGUCUUACUCAGUCGUGGCCUCCGAGUAUGACAAGCAACACUCACCCUCUCCAGCCCGGGUCAAAGCUGUGCCCAGACGCAGGGUGCAAAGUGGUGAUGCAGAGGUGGGCUCCUCCCUGCUGAGGCACCCGUCUCCGGAGCUCUCUCGGCUGAUCUCGGCCCACGGCUCCCUCAGUAAGGGGGAGAGGAACUUCCAGUGGCCUGUGUUGGCUUUUGUUAUCCAGCACCAUGACCUGGAGGGCCUGGAGGUGGCCAUGAGGCACGCGCUGAGGAAAUCUGCCUGCAGAGUGUUUGCAAUGGAGGCCUUCAACUGGCUGCUGUGCAAUGUGAUCCAGACCACUUCUCUGCACGACAUCCUUUGGCAUUUUGUAGCAUCUCUCACUCCAUCGCCCUUUGAGCCAGAGGAUGAGGAAGAUGAGGAGAACAAGGGCAACAAAGAAAUUGUGGAACAGGAAAGAGACCUUGGCGUUUGUGAACACCCUCUGUCAGAUAUUGUCAUCGCUGGGGAAGCAGCUCAUCCUCUCCCUCACACUUUCCACCGCCUCCUUCAGACCAUCUCUGACCUCAUGAUGUCACUUCCUAGUGGCAGCUCGCUUCAGCAGAUGGCCCUCAGGUGCUGGAGUCUUAAAUUCAAGCAGUCGGACCAUCAGUUCCUCCACCAGAGCAACGUUUUCCAUCAUAUCAACAAUAUUUUGUCCAAGUCGGAUGAUGGAGACAGCGAGGAGAGCUUCAACAUCAGUGUGCAGUCAGGCUACGAAGCAAUGAGCCAGGAUCUCUGCAUGGUGACCUGUCUGAAGGAUCUGACCAGUGUGGUGGACAUCAAGACAUCAAGUCGUCCUGCCAUGAUCGGCAGCCUGACAGACGGCUCCACAGAGACCUUCUGGGAAUCGGGAGACGAGGACAAGAACAAAACCAAGAGCAUCACCAUCAGCUGUGUGAAAGGCAUCAACGCCUCCAACGUGUCUGUUCAUGUGGAUAACUCCAGGGACAUUGGGAACAAAGUCACAGCAGUAACGUUUCUGUGUGGAAAAGCAAUAGAGGACCUCUGCAGGAUUAAACAGGUUGACCUCGACUCCCGUCACAUGGGCUGGGUGACCAGUGAGCUCCCUGGAGGAGAUCAUCAUGUGAUCAAAGUGGAACUGAAAGGUCCCGAAAACACCCUUAGGGUUCGGCAGGUGAAGGUUCUUGGCUGGAAAGAGGGUGAAAGCAUCAAGAUUCCUGGACAGAUCUCUGCCAGCAUGGCCCAACAGAAGAACUGCGAGGCUGAGACCCUCAGAGUUUUCCGCCUCAUCACCUCACAGGUCUUUGGAAAACUAAUCUGUGGAGAUGCCGAACCGACACCAGAACAGGAGGAGAAAAAUCUGCUUUCGUCGCCUGAGGGAGAAGAUAAGGCUCCAUCUGAUGCAGACCUUAAGGAGCACAUGGUGGGAAUCAUUUUCAGCAGGAGCAAACUGACCAACCUGCAGAAACAGGUGUGUGCCCACAUCGUCCAGGCCAUCCGUAUGGAGGCCACACGUGUGAGAGAGGAGUGGGAGCACGCCAUCUCCAGCAAAGAGAACGCCAACUCUCAACCCAGUGACGAUGACGCCUCCUCAGACGCCUACUGCUUUGAGCUGCUGUCCAUGGUCCUGGCUCUGAGUGGCUCCAACGUGGGCCGCCAGUACCUCGCUCAGCAGCUGACACUCAUGCAAGACCUUUUCUCCCUGCUGCACACGGCUUCCCCACGUGUACAGAGACAGGUGACAUCUUUGCUCAGACGGGUCCUUCCAGAGGUCACACCUGUGCGACUUGCCAGCAUCAUCGGGGUGAAGGCUCUGCCGCCGGCAGACAUCAGUGACAUCAUCCACUCCACGGAGAAGGGUGACUGGAACAAGCUCGGCAUCCUUGACAUGUUUCUGGGUUGCAUCGCCAAAGCCCUCACCGUGCAGCUGAAAGCCAAAGGCACCACCAUCGCUGGCACGGCUGGCAUGGCUGCUGGUAAAGGGGUCACCACCGUCACGCUGCCCAUGAUCUUCAACUCAAGCUACAUCCGCAGGGGGGAGAGUCACUGGUGGAUGAAAGGCUCCACCCCUCCUCAGAUCGCAGAGAUCAUAAUAAAGCUGGUUAAAGACAUGGCAGCUGGCCACCUUUCAGAUGCUUGGUCCAGAGUCACCAAAAACUCUAUAGCUGAGACCAUUAUAGCGCUGACUAAAAUGGAGGAGGAGCAUCGGUCCCCUGUACGCUGUAUCGCCACCACAAGGCUGUGGCUUGCCUUAGCAUCACUGUGUGUGCUGGACCAGGACCAUGUAGAUCGACUGUCCUCUGGUCGCUGGAUGGGCAAAGACGGACAGCAGAAGCAGAUGCCUAUGUGUGACAACCACGACGACGGAGAGACAGCAGCCAUUAUACUGUGUAACAUGUGCGGCAACCUCUGCACCGACUGUGACCGCUUCCUCCAUCUGCACCGGCGCACACGCUCCCACCAGAGACAGGUGUUCAAGGAGGAAGAGGAGGCCAUAAAGGUGGAUCUGCAUGAAGGCUGCGGGAGAACCAAGCUCUUCUGGCUCAUGGCUCUGGCUGACUCAAAGACUAUGAAGGCUAUGGUGGAGUUCAGAGAGCACACAGGUAAACCAGCCUCCAGCAGCUCUGACGCCUGCAGGUUCUGUGGGACGAGGAAUGGCACUGAGUUGUCUGCAGUGGGAAGCGUCUGCUCAGACCCUGAUUGUCAAGAAUACGCUAAACUGGCGUGCAGUAAGACUCAUGCAUGUGGUCACCCCUGUGGGGGGGUUAAAAACGAAGAGGCCUGCCUCCCAUGUCUGCACGGCUGUGACAAGAGCACCGGCUGUCUGAAACAGGACGCAGACGACAUGUGUAUGAUCUGCUUCACAGAAGCGCUCUCUGCUGCUCCUGCAGUACAGCUGGACUGCACUCACGUGUUCCACCUUCAGUGUACUCGCCGUGUUCUUGAAAAUCGCUGGCUGGGGCCUCGAAUCACGUUCGGGUUCAUGUUGUGUCCAAUUUGCAAGAACAAAAUUAAUCACUCCGUGAUCAAGGACCUGCUCGACCCCAUCAAGGAGCUCUAUGAGGAUGUGAGGAGAAAGGCCCUGAUGAGGCUGGAGUAUGAGGGUCUGCACAAGAGUGAGGCAAUAACUACACCAGGAGCGCGAUUCCACAACGACCCUGCAGGCUUUGCCAUGAACAGAUAUGCAUACUAUGUCUGUUUCAAGUGCAAGAAGGCCUACUUUGGUGGAGAGGCUCGCUGUGAUGCAGAGGCAGGACAGGGAGACGACUACGACCCCAGUGAGCUGAUCUGUGGAGCCUGCUCAGAUGUCUCCAGGGCACAGAUGUGCUCGAAGCACGGCACAGACUUCCUGGAGUAUAAAUGCAGGUACUGCUGCUCGGUGGCAGUCUUCUUCUGCUUUGGCACCACACACUUCUGCAACGCCUGCCACGAUGACUUCCAGAGGAUGACCAGUGUACCCAAGGAGGAGCUGCCCCAUUGUCCUGCAGGCCCUAAAGGCAAACAGCUUGAAGGUACCGAGUGCCCUUUGCAUGUGGUUCACCCGCCAACGGGGGAGGAGUUCGCCUUGGGCUGUGGGGUGUGCAGGAAUGCCCACACCUUCUAAACAACACGGGACUUCAAAUUGAGAACCAGUUCGUCUACUGUGAUUUCUGGCUGCUGCCGAGGCUCAGCCGCGAAGCUUGGCUCUUGCUCCGUCGAGUCUCCUGGACACCGGACCAGGUUUCUGCUCGACACCAAGAGUCCUCAGGUCUGCCCCUCUACCUACAUCAGUUACCGGGCCCUUCUACAAAGCCAGGCUGUGGCUCCUUUGGAAUUCAGAGAGACAUGAAUGGUGGAGGGAAAAAAAGAACAGCAUUUAAAAAAAAGAAGAUUUAAAAAAAAAAAUAAAAAAAAAUAAUAACUUGUGACGUGUUUGCAUGCGGCCGAUGUAUUCCCUCGGCUUCUAUAGAAGUUGCACACCUGAAGUGUAACAAUACAAGAUUAAACAUUGACAAUGAAAUGAAUUUGCUUAAAGGCAACUGUGGAUCAGUGUGGGGUUUAAAAAAAGGAACAGGCCCUAUUCCCAGCUUCCUAACUAUAAAUUUAAAAUAUUGUUGUAUGUAAACCUUUUUCGUAAUCUUGUACAGUAUCCUCCACUGUCAAGUGCAUCGUGGGUUGACGGACAAAAAAGCUGAGUUGGUGAGUAUAGACUGUUAAAAAUAUUUGGGGCGGAAAGUAGUGUACGAUUUAUCUAAUCUUGUAUAUAACGAUACUAUUCAAAAAUAGCUGUAUUCCGAAGUUGCUACUCUUCACUUCAGUUUUGGUUGAUAUUCUGGGUUAUGUUUUGAGCCAGAACUUUUAAUGAAGUGCAAUACUGGGUGUGCCUCCUAUUUUGCAGCUGUUUAACCUAUGGAAUGUAUGUCAAUAAAGCCACUGUACAUUUUUA